AUGGAUCUCAACAUCAUGGAUAAGCUAAGAAUUUUAAAAAUCGAUACAGAGCUACGACCGCAAAUCAAAAUGAAAUCGAUGAGCCGGUAUUACUUUAUGACCUCUACGAAUCCUGGUGAACAGUUCUUUGUUUUCGCCUCUACAGCCGCGUGGUUGAUAAGGAAAACUGGCAAAGAGUUUGAACAACCCAACGAAGAAGAUGAUCCCAAUGCUGUUAUAGCGUUAAUAUUAGAUGCAUUAAGAGAAAAAGAUAUAAUAGUUGACUUUUCUUCACAUAAACUGAAACAGGGGUUUGGUGACCAGGUGUGCUAUAUUUUAAACGUAUUAGCUGAUGAAGCAUUGAAAUACGAAAAUUUCGAAUGGCAGAAACCUUUCGUAAACAUCCCUGAUACGGAAGAGUCUGUCGAUGAUUUAGAUCAAGUUGAGGAUGAAACCGAGAUAAUUUUGGAUAAAAUAGAGGAAGAAAUGGGAAUUUACUCUGGAGAAUCGGAAGGUGAGGAAUACGGUAAUGCAGAAGAAAAAGAACCUAAUAAUUUAGGCAUCAAAGUUCAUGAUUGGGAAGCCUGGAAACUUGAAUUAGAGAGAGUAGCUCCGGCUUUAAGGUUAAAGAUUUCAGCUGAUGGCAGAGAUUGGAGAGCAAGGCACGCCCAAAUGAGAUCGUAUCGUGAUGAACUUUUUGACAGGUUCAAAACAACAGGAACACAGAUAAACAAACUUCAUAAUAAUAUAAGUUCUGUUAUGGACAAAAUAACAGCCAGAGAGAAUAUUUUAAAUGAACAAUUUGAGCCUCUUGUUCGGGAAUAUGGGAGUCUCCUCGAUGAAUUAAAUAAGGUUACAAAUGAAUAUAAAGAAGUUAGUGUUGGUGUGACUGAAAGGCAAGAAAUGCUGAAUGAGUUGACUGCUAAGGUGGAGAAUAUAAAACAGAGAACUGAAUCAAAAGGUUCAUCUAUGAACGAUAACUCACCUUUAGUAACAGCUAAGAAAGGUGUAGAGACCCUUAAGAAAGAUAUUCAAGAACUCGACUUUCAGAUAAUUAUUUUGCUGUGGUUGCUUAUAUCAAAGGAAAACCCGAAAAGCAACAAUUACUUAGCAAGUGCUGAAUCUAGAAUAAUUAAUGCUGAAGUUUAUUAA